UAUGCAAGAGUUGUGCUUAUUUGACGUUACGCUUCAGAGGUAGCGCGCUCCAGCUGGUUUACCUGUACGCACAAGAAACUAAUCGACACUAUAAUUUUCUUGUGGGCAAACUCGUGAUUGACGUGUUUUUUCGCAGAUCAACAUAUUUGCCUUCCUGAAGUUGGAAAAUUCAUCGUUGGCGCUGAACCGUCGAUUAAAUUUAAACCAGCAAAGAGUCAAGGAAUAUGAUUACACCUUCGCACUUUGCAACAGCGGGUUACUGAAUGCCUGUUAAGACGUGGACGUUCACAAUUUAUGUUUCCGCUCAAGAAGACUGCGUUUAAAAACCGUAAAGAGGCGUCAAGCUUCGAAACAGACGAUUGCAUCUUCAUUGUUGUUUCUCGAAUUAUUGUGAUUAGAACGUCACUUGGUCCAAUAUAUGCACUGACAAAAAAAAACAACAACUGACCUAUAUCUGUCUCAGAAGCAAACGACCUGCUGAAAACAACAACAAUUCUGUUAUGACGGUACGAAGGUAAAUUUGAUCAGACGCAAACUCGUUGUUUACAUCAGCAAGAUCUCAGGAGAGAAAUAACAAUGGAAAGACCUCGUCACAGAUCAUUGCAAAAGGAAAUUUUGAUUCAAGUUUCAGAGUUUCCUUCGAGAUCGAAUGCCCCUUUACUCAGACAGCGGUCACGAUCGUUAGGAGAAGGGGAAAGCUUGAAUCCUAUCAUUAAUAAGAAAGUGAUUCAAAUAAAGCUUCCAAAGCAGAGUCCCAGAUCACUGAACAACAGUGCAACUUCAUUGUCAUCACUUGAUGCCUCAGCUGGCUCUCACUCUCCCUCGUCUCCUCGAAGCAACAAGACACUAGCAAUUCAGAGACUGUUUGGAAGGAGCAAAGAGAAUCAUGGUGCACAUAGUGGAAGGGAAGAUUCAGAGAACGAGGAUGGCGGCUUCAAGUUAAAGUUGAAUGUACCUACAACAAGGCACAAACAGUUCUCUAAAGUCCUGGCUGAAAUCAAAGAUAGAACGAUGCCCUCCUCGCUGGGUAGGCGCCGCAGCAAAACUCAAGAGUCUUCGACAACAGACUCUCGUAACAGCGCUGAUAGUGAUGGUGGACCAGGUCGGCCUCGGGGGGCUACUUCAGUUGUGAGCUCUUCCAGCGGUGCUGGGUCAGAGAUUCAAACGAGGGCAAGAAGUGGCACAGGAUUGUCCUUUAAUGAAGAUGACUCUGGCGAAGUAGAUUCGCUUGAUGGAACGUUUAGUUCUCAAGAUAAGGAAUAUGAUGAAGUUGAUGGACAGAUAAUCGACUCAGAGAAACGAAGACAGCGCGUGGAGCACUUGAAUUUCAAGAUAAGAAGAACCAAGGAACAGAUUCGACAGCUACAAGAUGAGAGAGAUGAAUAUGUGAAAGAGUACCUGGAAUCGACAGAGGGCGGCUCGCAAAAAUCUAAGGCUGUCUUCGAGAAGAAAAACCAGAAGACAAAUUCGGCAGUGGCUCAACAGCAGAAAAAGCUGGAGAAAUAUCAUAAUGAACUAAUGGGACUGGAAAUGAAUGGUGCAGCCCCAAGUGGACACAUUGCUAAAGAAGUUUUCAAGGGGGUCAGAGACGGAGUGAAGGGGGCGGUUACCAGGCCUCUUGAGAUUAUCAAGCAUCGGAGGUUUGGCAGCGCGGAGAAUGUGAGCACAACAACGUCAAGUCCCGGAUCAAAGAUCGAUGGCCUUGAAGAGGAACCGAACAGCCCUCUUGGUGAAGAGGGUUAUGUGGCAGAUUCCAACCUAAGUGCGGCGAGAUACAACAGCGACGAUGAUUCGUCGAGUGUAGCGUCAGCUACACAUAUUGGGGUCCCAACCCACAGUAACAGCCCACGUCACAGCCUCCCUCCCAGUCCUCCCACGUCUUACGAUCAGGAUAUAGGCGAACUUCGGGAGGUCAAUGCCAGGCUGCACGAACAAAUAGAGAGCUUAAAGCGUCAGUUAAAUAUUAUGGCCGAAUCACUUCACGAAGAGAGAUGCAAUUCCGAGCAAUUGCGAGACUCCCUGAAUAACAUAACAACGGAGUGGAAUGACGUGUCAGAACUACGUCAGAACGAGAUGAUAACCGUAAAACAAGAGCUUGAAAGAGCCGAGGAGCGCAUUGAACGAAUUGAAUACCGGUCUGCAGAACGAGCCAACGAGAUCGAGGAAGCGCUGGAGUCUUACGUCACAAGGGUUUUAAAAAUUGAAGCAUUUCAACAGCAGAGCCAACAGAUGAUGGGGCUGGAUGAUUACUUUGAUCAGAGCGCGCAGGCCAAAGCGCUUUUAUCAAAAUUUCUAACAGUGGUGCUCGCCAUUUUACAAAUUUUACUUAUUAUAUGCACGACGUUAGCCAGAAUAGUUAUUCCCUUCACAAGAACAAGGGUUCGUAUUGCAAUAACAAGUGUCGUUAUUUUAACCGUGGCCAUAUUAUGGAGAUAUCAAGAGAGCGACAAUGUGCGGUUCGUUAUGGAUAGCGUCACAGGACAGUUCACAAUGAUUAGAGAAAGACUCGCAUCUCUCGUAUGUCCACUUGUAAACUUCGUGAGAGAGAUAUAUCAGAGAGACUAGUCAUGACAAAGAUUUGUUUGACGUUACCGGUAGAAGUAAUAGAUGACUGGAACUUAAUACUUAGACAGGAUGAAUGCACAAUUUAUUCAACUUUAAUUGAUAGUUUUUGUGGAGCCUUUUUAUCUGUUGGAAGAAAAUCAAGAAGGAUUUGAUAAACAGUUUAACCUUCACGGUCAGUGGCACUUCUGUGGCAGAGUAAAACAGGCCGCUUACCAUUUUUAGUGUGUAAAGGAUUUUGGCAGUUUCUUUGUUUUAUACUGUAUUUCAUAUUUUACACUCACUCACGCUGCGCUCAAAGAAAUUCCCAGUAACUUGGUUAGACUGAUCAACAGUUACGGGUUUCAGAACUAUUUUCUUGGCUAUUUAGUGGCUGUCUGUCGGGUCACUCCUCAUCGAAAACGUGCACACACAAAAAAGCAAUAAUUGUAAUUAAUCUAAUUUAUUUUUCUCGCUGGUCCGAAGAACAAAAUCAUGACUUGAUUUUUACUAUGAGAGGGUGAAUCUAUUUAUUUAUAUGAACGAGAAAUUUAAUUGCUUCGCUAUUAAGCAUUAUAUGGAGCCGGAAUCGACAAUUGAAUUAAAUCUAAACCGCAAAGGAAAUUUCAAUGACGUUUAAGACCAUAAGCACUCAGUUUAUUGUCUCUCCUAAGGCUUGACACGUAGGUAGCGCGAGAAAUCUUCACCUGGAAAAAUUUUACCGCGUGCGGACACAUGGACGCCCAAAAGGUAACUAAACUUAGGAGAGACACUGUUCUUUAGAGCGAACUUGAAGUUCCAAACAGCUCUUGGUGACCACCAGUGCUUUGAACACAACACAACUGAAUAAACUAUAUGUACCCUUCAGGAAGGGGGAUUAUCGAA